GCCUGCCGGCGUCCACGAGCACCACGGCCUCUUCCUCCGUGAUCAGCUUCUCGCGUCACAUGUCCACGGCAAUCUCCAGAGCGGCUGGACCAGGCGCUUGCCGUGCAGCCUGGGGGUGUCAAUGCAUCAAACUUUUCUAAGAACUGUCCUUAGAAAACUUUCAUGCUAUUGAAUCCUUUGAUUGAGAUUAGCUUGAUGGAGGUGGUGGUUAGUACAUUCUACGCCAUAGGAAUCUCAUUCUCAUUUAAGAAUCCGCGGCCCAGGAAAGAUGGGGAAGAUAACCCUCACGUGCGCAAUUGUUGGUGUGGGGACCACGUUUGACGUGGAAGUCGACGAUGGCGAGAAGGUGGGCACGUUGAGGGCGCCCGCAAAGCAGGAGAACUCGAAUGCGUUGAAGGACGUCGACACCCCCAGCCUCCAGCUCUUUCUGGCCAAGACGAUGGACGGCGAGUGGUUGAGUGUGACUGCUGCGAUGGCUGUAGCACUGCACACAGUAAUCCCUGUGGAGCUUGAUGAACAUGGACGCUGCCAAGGCUUCAAGUGGUUGAACCCCACGCUUCGUCUCAACGACUCCAGCUACUUUGGCGAGAAUUUUCAACCAGGUGACGAUCAAGUUCACGUGCUGGUGGUGGUUCCAGAGCGCAAAACGACGGCAGUGUUGAAGCGGUCGACAGGUGAAAAAAAGCGGGGUAUCGAGGAAGUUAUCUCGGGUUUUGACACGCUCGCAAUCACGCAAUUUGCUCUGCAAUUGAGUGCAGCUGAGCUGGCUGUAGGAAGCUUACUAUCGGGACUUCCAGAAAACUUCUUGGGGACGAAUCUCCCCAACGGUUUAUACGUCCGACAAGAAUACUGGGACGUCUUUCAUGACGGAGAGGAGGGAAGGGACGUCGCAUACCACCCUUUGGGCGACUCGAAGGUCUACUACUUCACUUGGGACGCGACGGGAAGCUACCAGCCGUCGUUUACGCCACAUUCUGGAAAGACCUACGAGGGUUUCUUUGACGAAAAGGCUGAUAUUCCGGGCACUGUUGAUGAGUUCAAGCAGGAUAUUCUACUCUUCACGCAGAGUGCGUUUUGUGACAAGAUGAAGCACCUCAUCUUCAGCCUGUAUCGUGAUGCGACACUGGUCAGUCACCCGUUUCUGGGCUAUUCGUCUUUGGCAGUGGAGGCGAAGGUCAGCGAUCUGUAUGAUGUGGGGUCCAUCGAUGAAAUCCGCUCUUGGUUGACGACGACAAAGCCGAAUUUUCAGUCGUGGCGAGAAAUAGAAAUCGAGAGAUGUCUUCUGCAAGACCUCAUCACGAAGAAGUUUUGUAUGCAAACUCUCGAGCGCUCUGCUCGAUCAAAUGAGCCGACCGUACAAGGGAGCAAGGUGGGGGAUGCUGAAGAAUGCGGUCCAAUUCAGGCAAAAAUCGUGACAAUCCAAGUUGUAACGGAGAUCAAGAACGACGAGGUGUUGUAUAUCCCAUUGUCGAAGACCUUUCCAGCGAUCGAUGCUGUGCUCGUCGUACCGGACGCUCGUCGCAUUAUCUAUGUGCAGGCGACAACGUCCAAAGCCCACCCUAUCCAGUACCAGCACUUGAAAGACGUCUAUCAAGAUUUGACACAGCGCCGGAAGUUUCGAGGUUAUUCGCACAUUCUUCUCUUCAUCGUCUCGAACGACAUCUACGACGGGUUCACCUCAUCGGAACAAGGACCGAUCGAUGCUCAAAGCAGCACUUGA